AUGGUCAUCGCCAUGGUGCUUUUCACCGUCUUCAAGCAGUUCGACACACGUUCUGCCGCCGGCUCCGGCUACAUGGGCUACUCCGAGUUUCUCGACGAGGUGAAGGCCCGGCGCAUCAAGAGCGCCACCAUCCAGGAAGGCCAGGGCGGCACCGAGAUCGUGGCCGUCACGCAGGACGAUCGUCGCGUGCGCACCACGGCCACCUACCUCGACCGCGGUCUGGUGGGCGACCUGAUUGCCAACGACGUCAAGUUCGACGUGCGUCCCCGCGAAGAAGGCUCGCUCCUCAUGACCCUGCUGGUCAGCUGGGGCCCGAUGUUGCUGCUGAUCGGCGUGUGGAUCUACUUCAUGCGGCAAAUGCAGGGCGGCGGCAAAGGCGGGGCGUUCAGCUUCGGCAAGAGCAAGGCCCGCAUGCUGGACGAGAACAACAACACCGUGACCUUCGCCGACGUCGCUGGCUGCGACGAGGCCAAGGAAGAGGUGAAGGAGGUCGUGGACUUCCUGAAAGACCCGGCCAAGUUCCAGAAACUCGGUGGACGUAUUCCGCGCGGCUUGUUGCUGGUCGGCCCCCCCGGCACCGGCAAGACCCUGCUGGCCAAGGGCAUCGCCGGCGAAGCGAAGGUGCCGUUCUUCAGCAUCUCGGGUUCCGACUUCGUGGAAAUGUUCGUCGGCGUGGGCGCGGCCCGCGUGCGCGACAUGUUCGAGAACGCCAAGAAGAACGCACCCUGCAUCAUCUUCAUCGACGAGAUCGACGCGGUGGGCCGCCAGCGCGGUGCCGGCCUGGGCGGUGGCAACGACGAAC